CACCCCAGUAAACCAGUCCGUUAUAGAACGUCGAAAGCAAUUGUGAGUUUACUCGAGUUGAUCAUUCUUCUCCUUACGUUUUAUUUACAAACAUUUGGAAAUAUUGUAUUUAAAGCGAGCAAUAUCGUGUUUUAAAUAUGAACGUAUUGUUACGUUUAACAAGUGUUGUUACAAAAAAAUAAUGCAAUGCAUAGAAUAAAGAAGAAAGGAGAAAUCUAUCAGGAAUUAAAGCCAAUUGUGAAGACUUAAAGCUUACUUAGGUAUAAGUAUGGCUGGCGACAUUUGGCGAAGCUCCGACGCUUCUAGGACGUCAAUUGUUCAACAUUGGUGCAGUGAACUCGUGUUAUGGAGGUUUAUUAUUAUUUUACUGAGCCUUUUAUCAAUUUUUUGCUCCAGCAGUGCAUCUGAUUCUUAUCAAAAUGGUCAUUCACCAGACUUUAGUAGUUUUAAAGUGAUAAAACCAAGAGUCUUUCAUGGACGACAUAAACGAGAAAUUUUUGAUACCAGGGAAAAUGAACAUGAGCAUACUGAAGUGUUGACAAUUGCAUAUGAUAUAGAUGGUGUAAAAAGAACCCUUGAUUUAAGACUCAACACAGAUCUCAUUCCUGUAGGAUAUAAACAAAGAAGACAACAUAAUGGUGGAUAUAAAACAGAUAUUCCUGAUAAAGUUGAGCUUUGUCAUUAUCAAGGAAGUGUACGAGGCAUUCCGGGCUCUUGGGUAGCAUUAUCAACUUGUAGAGGGUUAAAAGGAGUAGUCUUUGAUGGAGAAAAUACUCAUUAUAUCCAUCCUGAAACGGAAUCACUUGAUGCAAUACAUUAUUUAUAUGACCACAAGCAUUUUAUAGGCAAUAAUACAUGCGGAUACAAAGGCCAUCAUGAGGCUUCUAUACCAUCUAUAAUAUCUCAUAAAAAUUUUAGAAGAAAAAGAGCUGCUGAAGUAGUUCGUGGUCCUUAUAAUUCCAAUAGACAAUCACGCUAUGUGGAACUAGUUCUUGUUAUUGAUAAAAAAGAAUACAUGGCCUUGGGCGAAAAUCUAGAUAAAGUAUACCAUCAUUGUAAAGAUAUUGCUAAUAUAAUAAAUGCUCUGUUCACUCCCUUGAACAUUUUUGUCGCGCUGGUUGGUGUUGAAGUCUGGACAGAUUCUGAUGAAAUUACGUUAUCACCUAAAGGUGAUGCAACGCUUGCGAAUUUUCUGCGAUAUCGAAGGGAAAUGCUUGUCAAAGAAAUUCCUAAUGAUAAUGCUCAGUUGUUGACGAAAGCUAAAUUUGAAGAGGGAGUUGUUGGGAAGGCUCUCAAAGGACCUAUUUGUACAUUUGAGUUUUCUGGUGGAGUAUCUAUCGAUCACUCAAGCGUAAUUGGUAUAGUGGCAGCGACUGUAGCCCAUGAAAUGGGUCAUAAUUUUGGAAUGGAGCAUGACUCAGCUAACUGUUCCUGCCCAGAAGAGCGAUGUAUUAUGGCUGCAUCUAGUGGUUCAACUGGACCAGUUCAUUGGUCAUCUUGUUCUUUAGAAUAUCUAGCACUCGCUUUUGAGCAUGGAAUGGAUUAUUGCCUUCGUAAUAAGCCUACUAAAUUGUUUGAUAGUCCAAUUUGUGGCAAUGGAUUUGUUGAAUCUGGAGAGCAAUGUGAUUGUGGAUUAAAGGAAAAUUGCGACAAUCCUUGCUGUAAUGCUACGACUUGUAUGCUACAUUCAAAUGCUAGCUGUGCUACGGGUAAAUGUUGUGACUUGACGACCUGUAAGCCAAAAAAUGCUGGAACUGAAUGCAGAUCUGCAGAACAUGAGUGCGAUUUACCAGAAUAUUGUACAGGCCAAAGUGAAUACUGUCCUCAAGAUGUUUUUAAAAUUGAUGGUGAAAGUUGCAACGUGGGAAAGGCCUUUUGCUAUCAAGGAUCUUGUAGAACUCACAAUGAUCAAUGUAAACUUCUUUGGGGACCUAGUGGAUUUUCUUCAGAUGCUCAAUGUUAUCAUAUGAAUAGCAAAGGAACAAAAUUAGGAAAUUGUGGAUACAACAGAUUAGAAUCAAGUUAUAUUAAAUGCAAUGACGAACACAUUUUAUGUGGAAUGUUACAUUGUAAACACUUAAAUGAAAGACUAGAGUUUGGGAUGGAAUCUGUAGCAAUUUUGAGUCAUUCGUUUAUUAAUAACGGAGGAAAAAUUAUAGCUUGCAGAUCAGCAAUUGUAGAUUUAGGUCUUAAUCAAGUUGAUCCUGGGCUUGCACCUGAUGGAGCUAAAUGUGCUCCAGGAAAGAUGUGUGUAAACCAAAAAUGUAUGCCAAUAGCAGAUUUAAGAGCAUCAACUAUUGGGAAAGAUUCUUGUCCAAAUAAUUGUGGAGGUAACGGAGUAUGCAAUAGCUUAGGUCACUGCCACUGUAAUCGAGGAUUUCGUCCACCUGAUUGUGUUCAUCCAGGAUUUGGAGGAUCUGAUGAUAGUGGUCCUGCCGAAGAUCCUAAUGCUCGCAACGAUUUUAUUACUGCACUCUAUGUUAUAUUCCUUGGAAUACUACCAGUGGCUGGUUUAGUUUCCCUCGCAGUGUGGUGCAGAAAUAAUAAUUCCCCUGGUACAAUUGGAUGGAAAAAGCAAAUAAUUCCAACACACGACCGUGGAUUCAUGAUAAAAACAAUUGAUCAUCCCAGAAACAUCCAUCAUCACCACCAUCAUCAACCGUCGAAUAGAAUUGAAACAAUAGAUUCAACUUUAGCACAAGAUCCGGCCUGUGCAAGUUUAUUACCAAAGUCAGAAGAUGAUGAACGAUUUAAUAAUAAUUUAUUUGGACAAUUCAAGGGAUUUACAUUGGCUCCAUUAUCUUCAGUGAGUGUUCCCCCAACUCAUAAAUUGCUAGAACCAACUAAACCAGCACCUGAAGUUCCAGUGGUUGCAAUUAAAACUAAUUUGAAUUCAUCACAACGAAAUAAUUCUCGCAGAUGUGGUUUUAUAACACCUUUGUUGAAUAACAAUAAUAAUAACAACAAUAAUAAGAUUAAUGAAAUAGAAUCAAAGGCGCCAGCAUUACCGCCAUUAAAUCCAGGCAGCACAGCACGUCCAUUAAUAAGUUCUCCAGUAUUAUCAAUGACAACUUGUACAUCAAUGGAUUUUGUACCAGCUAAAAUACCUACUCGUCCGGCUCCAGAAGUUCCUUCACGUCCACUAGAAACAUUAAAAGAUUCCUCCACUGCAUCAGUUCUUCAGAAAAGUUCAGGAAUCGAUAAACCCGAUGGUAUUUCAUCAACAUUAGCUGAUGCAGAACGAAAAGAAAAAAUUACAUUGGAAAAUAAAGAAAAAUCCAGUACAUUAAACAGAAUCGCUUCAAUACUUAGACCUGGAUAUAAAGAAGAUAAAAACAGCAUAAAUAAAAAUCCACAUCAGAAAGUAACGAAAAUAAUGGAUAAAGAUAUUUUAAGGAAUUUAGAAAUAUCAAAUCCAAUCCCACAAAAAGAAAUUGAAAUUCCAAUGGCAGCAAUAACUCUAGGUUCUGUUGAGAAUGAUAAAAAAACGGUAGUAAUGCGUGCACAAUCAAUGAGAGAUUCAAAAGGAUUAUCGAGGCCAGCUAUUCAUUCAUUUGGAUCAAUGAGACAAGGAAAUUCAUAUAAACGACCAACAAGUAUUCCAGCAAGUACAAGACCUACAUCUCCACCUCCGCCAGUGCCUCCAGGACCAGAAAAACCUAACGAUGAUUUAAAAAUACCUGGAUUGCCUGGAUAUCAAACUCCUAAUGUUAAAACUAGUAAUACCGUAGUAGAAGAUACUUAUGAUGAUUGUCUUAAUAUUGCUGAUCCUACAUUAAAUAAAAUCAACGAAGAAUUAAAUGGCAAUGAUAACAUUUAUGCAGUAAUUGAAGAUCCUAUUGAUAAAGCUGUAAAGAAUGUUAAAGAAGUGAGUGAAUAUAAAAAUCCAAAGCCUAUUGACUCUCAUGAAACACCAGAAACAAUGGGAUUACUUUCAGAGAUUGUGUCUGAAAUUUCUAAUCGAAAUUUUGACUCAAUUUAUUCGACAGGAACUUUGAAAAAAAAGAAUAAUGAAAAUAAACAGAAUAAAUGUUUAGAAAUAUCUGGUUCUAAUAGUUCACUAGGUACUUACGUUAAUUCAAGUCAUUACAAAUCCCCUGGCAGUGUUUAUUCCAAUUCAGCAUCAGCUAAAUUUAAUUCAGCCAUUUCUGAAACAUCUUCUGGAUAUUUAUUACCUUCUGCUGUCAAUGUUCCCAAGAAAGAUGAUGAAAGUCAUAAUUUAUUACCUAAUAAUAAAAAAAAUGAUAAAGUACAGACGAAUACAUCAGGAUCAAAGACAGAAUGUGGGGAAACUAAUUCUGUAGUAUCUGAUGAUAUGAAAGUUAAAAAAAACCACAUAAAAUCAGUCAAGAUACCUUUAAGCAAUAUGAAGAAUUCCCUUACUAAUAAUAAAGAUAAUAUAAUGAAUGAAGAGGGAAAAAUUGAAAAACAAAAUUCGGAAAUUAAUGUAAAUAAUCAAACAAGUCCGGAUAAAUCAAAAAGUUUUCCUGCAAAAACAAUUCGGCAAAGUUCAGAUACCAGUUUAAAGUCCACUAAAAGUGUUAGUAGUAAAGAAAAAAAAGAUGGGAUCAGUAGUUCUUCUGUAAAUAGUAAAAAUAGUCCAGAUGUUGUCUCCAGUUGUUCUACAUCGUCCUCUAACCAUUCAGAAUCUCCUGAUGUAGUUGGGAUUAAUUCAAAAUUUAAAAAUAUACAAAAGUUCUCAGUUCAAACUCAAAAAAAAACUACUUCUAUCCCUCCACGACCAGGUAGUAUUGUUGCUAAAGCUGCGACGUUUACAGAAAAAAAGAAAUCACCGACAUCAGUGAAAAAUUUAUCAGUAACAAAAAGUGACAUUAGAAGUGACAUUAAAAAUCCAAUCAAAAAAGCUGCUGGAAGUAAAAUAAACGUUGCUUCGUUACAACAAAAAUUUGAACAAAAUAAACCAGUUAACUCAGUUAAUGCAGUGAAGAAUGUUUCUUCUGUGAAGAAAACAAUUACUAAUAAAAAUGAUGCAGAUGUGAGUAAGUAAGAUAGAGUAUCUAGUCUCUGGACAAAUGAAUAAUAUAAAAAUUGACUGAUGAAUAUGAUUUAAUGAUAAAACUUUGUAUAUACUAUCUGUAUUUACGCUUUAGCUUUCACUCUUCAUUUAUUCGCUCUUUGUUUUUUUUUAUUAGUAAUUCUUAAUGCUUGAAUAAUAUAGAAACUUAAUGACAUUUCGGAAUAAAAGACGAGCAAAAAUUUUGACGACAAUGAUAAUAAAACCCAAAACUCUGUGAUAAAUAUCAUUUAUUAGAAUACAAAUUUGAAUCAUUCUAUAGACAAAACUAAUGUUUAGCAGCGAUUACUAAAAAUUUUAUUUAUAUAACAAAGAACGAUUGCUAAAGCCAAUAAAUUUUCAAUGUAUUUAUUUGACUGAUGUAAAUAUGUUAAUAUUAAUAGA